CAGAUAAGGAAAAAAAUUAAACAUUGGAUAGAUUUUGUUUAGUCAUGUUUAUUCCGUUUCAUAAUAAUUUUCCAAGUCGUUUCAUGUGAGUGUUAUGUUAUUACAUCACUACAGCACUACUCUAACAACAAAAUGAAAUGUUUUUCGUUUCUGUUAUUUUUCCUGUUUUUCGCGAAAUGCGCUUGUUUUCGAAUUUUAGGCUUAAAUCCUUUCGAUGGAAAGAGUCAUUUUGUAAUGUUUGAAAGAUUAUACAUGGAAUUGGCCAGGCGAGGUCACGAACUUGAUGUUUUGAGUCAUUUUCCACGGGAAAAGCCAGUUCCUAGAUACACCGACAUAAGUUUAAAAGGGUCGUUGCCAAAUUUAGUGGGAAAUUUUUCGUUCGAACUAGUCAAAGACACAACCACAACUACCAUGAUGAAUAUCAUCACGGGAAUGUGCGGUACAAACAUAUGCGAGAAUGCAUUUAAACAUCCCUUAACUCUGAAGUUAAAGAACACAAAAAAGAAAUACGAUCUAAUAAUAACGGAAAUAUUUGGUACAGAUUGUAUGUUUGGUUUUGCGCAUCAUUUCGACGUACCCGUUGUUACUUUAACGACUAGCGUAAAUCAACCGUGGGGCAAUAGUAGAUUCGGCAAUCCCGAAGAACCCACGUAUAUACCCUCUUAUUUUCUACCGUACACAACCAACAUGAGUUUGGUCGAAAAGUUUUGGAAUAUAUGGAACUCCUUUUACACAAAAAUCUAUUAUUACAAAAAAUCAAUCGAACCAUCGGAUUAUUAUGUAAAACAAUUUUUUGGAGAAGAUACUCCACAUUUAACCGAAUUAAUAAGCAGAUAUUCAAGUUUGCACAUGGUAAAUAGUCAUUUCAGUAUAAAUCCGGCAAGACCUUGGGUACCAAACGUCAUUGAAGUGGGUGGAUUGCACAUUAAUGAUCCUCGACCAUUGACAGAUAGUUACAAAACCGUGAUGAGCUUAGAAGAUAAGUACAAGGGCGUUGUUUAUAUGAGUUUUGGUUCGCUACUAAUGCUGCAAACUCUCCCUUUGGACGGUUUAAAAGUUCUUUUUAGUACCUUUUCUCUGUUGAGCGAUUAUAAAUUUUUGGUAAAAGGGGAUAAGUCUAAAAUUCCAGACUCAGUCAUUAUUUCUCCAAAUGUGAUUUUUAAAUCGUGGACUCCGCAAAUUGACAUUCUGUGCCACCCUAACGUAGUACUGUUUAUUUCCCAUGCGGGUUUAAUGGGUACUCAAGAAAGUGUCUUUUGUGGUGUACCAAUCUUAGAAAUGCCAUUUUUUGGAGAUCAAACACUUAAUGCUAAAAAUUUAGUCCUUAAAGGAUCUGCUUUAGAAAUAUCUUUUAUAGACAUGAGCAAAGAAGAAAUAUUGAAUGUCUUAAAGGAGCUUUUGGAAAACCCUAAGUACAGAGAGACAGCAAAGCAGCUUUCAAUUCAAUUUAAAGACCGCCCAUUGUCUGCAAUGGAUACAGCGAUUUAUUGGAUCGAAUAUGUCAUCCGACAUAACGGUGCCAAGCAACUAAGAUCCCACGCUUCUGACAUGACAUUUUUUGAAUACUACUACAUCGACAUUUUUUUGGGUAUAUUUUUGCCUUUUUAUAUAAUUAAAAAAUUAAUCGCAAGUAAACUAAAGAGACGAUGAUAGAUAGGUAGCAAUAUUAUUAUUAUUAACAUUUCUGAAAGAAGUAAAUAAAAAUUUCCAGCAAAAAAAUAA